ACGAAAGCAGACUUUAUAUAUAGCCAAUCUUUCAUUUUCGUAAAUAUCCAAGUAAUUCCUGUGGGAUGGACAUAAUAGGGGCUGAACGCACUUCAGCUCCGAGAUCACAGAAACUUGGCAAACAAAAUUCUUCAACUCCAAGGAUAGCAUGUGAAGAGCAACGAGUCAACAACAACGAGAAUAACAAAAGCUGUAGAAGAAAGCUCAAGGUCGCCUCACCAGCUUCUGUGUGGCAAGGAAGACUACGCAGUAAGAAACUGCCUGGAACCAAAGGCCAAGCCAACAAUCGACCCUGCAGCCUCUUCAAUGUUACGAAUCUUCAGAACCUCAAUGUGAAAGACUUUAAAAAACAGUUGUCCAUACGAAGAAAACGCAAAGCCAAUGAUUCAGAUUUAAAGAAAGACUCCAUCCUUAAGGAGCCAAACAUAAAGAAAUCCUGCCAAAACGCUAAUGCUGUUAUGAGCACCGACUCGUUGGAAACAGUUGACUCGCCUUCAAGUACGAGAAAGAAAUUAGGAGGCAGUUUAGUUCAGCGGUCCUUCAGUCUUCGUGUUGGUGGCGACAAAGAUCAUGAGUUUGCAAAGAAAUACCGCAUUCUCCCAACACCCAUCAAGAUCCGACCGAGUAAGCUAUGGCGAGAUACGGUUUCGAAAGGUCACGUGCAAGAGAUGUCGCCGAUGCAACUUAAACGACAAGAGGCGAUGUACGAGCUCUCAUCAGGUGAAGAAGGAGUCGUAUCUGAUCUCAAGAUGAUGAUUGAGGUGUAUUACAAACCAAUGUGCAAGUUAAGACUGAUGAGUGAAUAUGAAUUUCAGACGAUUUUUGGAUGCGUGGAAACCCUGCUUAGCUUACAUCAAGAACUGAUAGACAAAUUAAAAAAAGCCAGAACGACUGAUGGAGCGAUAGACAGCAUCGGUGAAAUCAUGCUACAUUGGUUUCCACAACUAAAAUGCUACACACGAUACUGUGCUAAUCAAUUCGAAGCUAAAGCAAUGCUGGAUGAGAAAAUGAAAAAUGAUGACAACGUAAAAGAUUUCUUACAAAGAUGUCAAGAUUCGCCCUUUAGUAGAAGACUAGAUCUAUGGAGCUUUUUAGAUUCUCCGCGAAGUCGUCUUGUCAAGUAUCCUCUUAUGAUGAAGAGCAUCAUAAAAACGACUCCAAGAGAUCAUCCUGAUAGAAAGAUGUUAGAGGAUGCGAAACGUUGCAUAGAAGAAAUCAUCGAAGAAGUGGACGAAAAGACUGGUGAAGCCAAGUGUCAAUUCGUAUUGUCCAGAAUAGUCUUUCUUUACGACAACAAGAUGUCUUUCCCAGAACUUUAUCAAUCAAAACGAAUGAUCUGUAGUGGAACCCUAAAAAAUAAACAUGGAACGAAACUCCAAGCAUUUCUUUUCGAGAAAGCAUUCCUGUUAACGCGACCUGCAUCAAGAAGUGGCAGACAAAGUUACCAAGUUUUUAGUGAGCCAAUUCCCACGAAAGACUUGUUCGUAGAAGAUUUACCAGACGGGGAUGUCAGACUCGGUGGAUCAUUUAAAACUGCAUUAUCAAGAUUAGCAACUUCGAAGAACGUCUUACGUGUUUCCAGUACGGACCGCGAGAAUGGUCAGUCACACACACUCCAGGCAUCCAACGAUGAUGAGAAGCGACGAUGGCUCACUUCACUUCAAUCCGUAGUUACUUCAUCAGAGAACUAUAAGACAUACGUAUAAUAUAUGCUCUGACUCGUGCAUGUAGCACCUCAUCUUGCGAAUCCGACAAAUCUGGGAAAAGAUAGAACUGUGCAGGCGCAUAAGAUUGGGCAUAAGACCACUGAACAAAACACCAGGCAGGAUCUGGUAACAAGUUUGGUAUGCCAGUAUUCCCAGUCCUUUUUACACUUCUGGCACAGGAAACUCAACAAAACGAUAGUGUAGCUGCUGGUAUAACCACCAAAUAGGAAGAUUCCCCUAUUAACACUUACUACCCUGCAUCAGGAUAACACCAAGGAUCAUGAUCGUUGCAUGAUCAGACGUUGAACCUCAUCUACAUUUAGUAGUAUUAUAAGUAUAGUUUUCUAUAGUGUCCGCCAGGGGCGGAUCCAGGGAGGAGCAAAGCGGUGCUUAUUUAUCAAAGUAAUGGAUUUACAGUAAAAUAAGAAGUUGCUUGCGAGUCAAGAAAAAUUCGGUCAAGCUCCCCUUAUAUUUUUUGGCUGGAUCCGCCCCUGUCCUGUAUCUAAAGAAAGAAAUUAAUAGGAUCUACUGUAGUGUCUUUUGAGAAAAAGGAAUUGAAUUCUAUGUACAUAUAUUCAAUGAUUUUCUGAGAAAUUCAAUUUAUAAAGCUGAAUUUCAAAUUUUUAAUAUCACUGGAGAUACGAAACUUCUUUCAUCAGAUUAAAUUAUUAGGGCAUCUUAAACCUGUGUGUGUGUAUAACCCCUGGUAAGCUGGGUUACUUUGGAAAGAAAUUUGUUUUGGACUGGACAAAAAAGUUUAUCUUAUUUUCAUCAUUCUCAUGCAAUGAACGGUGUUGUUUUACACAUUCCUCAAGUUUAAAGGUGUUAGGAAUGUCAAUCAUAAUAUUAUGCAAGGUAAAAUGGAUAAAAUGAGUCUUGUUCUCUCAUCCGUCAUACCUCAUCAAGCCUCUGGAACCCAGGGUAGAAAGCUAAAGCUAUUGACCAAUCGAAGUACAGUUUCUUUUCGAUCUGAAUAAGGUCCAAUGAAAUGACGAGUACAGAUUCUGUGCUCACGAAAUUGAGGCUGGCAACUUGUGCUACCUGCUCCUUCCCCUCCCCUCUCUCCUCCCCAUUCCUCCUCAACCUCCUCAAGCCUCUGGAACCCUGGAACCCAGGGUAUGAAGAUGAUAACUUGAUGCAAAAAUUCAGAAAAAAAAAACAUUUCAUUUUCUUGUGAUGAUGGGAGUUGAGUAUUUCCAGUUCAAAUUUGUGUAUCAUAUGCAGAAUAUCCUUACAUAGAAACAUGUACAACUUCGAGAAAAUCAGGAAUGAAAUGAAUAAUCAGUAAAA